AAAAGAAGAAAUCCCAAACUAUGCCUAGCACUGAUGGUCAGGAUCUCUUGGCAUUACAGAAAGCCAUUCAUUCUUCUAAUCACCAGAGCAGCAGGCAGAAGGAUUGGCAUCCCGAGAAGAUGACGGAAAUCCAACCUCAUAGCCAGCCACUAAAAUCUCUCCGAAAGCUCUUACACCUCUCCUCUUCAAAUCAUCCCGUCCCCGCUGAGCCUCACUUCCAGCCCUUACCAAGCCAGCCGGCCAAACCUUCGUUUUCCGAGGUGCGCAUUCACCCCAUGAGUCAAAGCUCCAGCAGCGGCAGCAGCAACGUGCGGCAAGAGCCGCAGCCGAAAAGCCGGCCGACGCUGCAGUUACCGAGCCAGCUGGAACCGACCUGGCAUGUCUCCCCGGUAAACCGGAGCGCGAGCGACGGGCCUCCCUACUCCGACCAGCUGCCUUCCAAGAGCGGACAGAACGGGCACACGUAUAACCGAACAAACCGGUCGCGAAUGCCGAACCUGAACGAUUUGAAAGAGACGGCCUUGUAAUCGCACUCCGGAAAACAGGCCGCUGCGGGUGGAGGUCGGCCUAGGGGCGCGUGGUGGUGGCUCUGGUGAUGGUAAGACUGCAUUUUCAGCUUUAUAAAGGUGUGCAAUAUGUACGUGUGGAGCUCAGCUGUCCGGCACCACAGUGAGAGUCAGGGAUCACACAGUGAAAGGAGUUGAAUUCGGAGUUACCGGUCCUCAGCCGCGUUGCUGGAUGCCAGGCAGGGUGUGCCGGUCAGGGAGGAAAAUGCCUUGCCAUUUCCUCUCCUUUACAUUCCAGC